UCUUCUUUUGACAGCCAGUUCCCCUAAUUUUCAGUAUAUUAAUGGAUGUAAGAACAAGUUGAGAGUCUUCUCAUUCCCUUAUAUUUCAACAACAGAGGAAGGUAUGACAUUAUCAGCAAAUUGGCAAAAUUGUCAUUAAAUCAUACUGGAACUCUUCAGACUGGAAAACAGAUGAUGAGGGAGUGGUGUGACAGAUCUGUAAAAUCACUUGUGGCAAGGAAAAAUAGUGGAAAAAAAAUUUCUGUCUAUUCUAAAUAGGCAACACAUGAGAUUAGUAAAUGACACCUUCAAAAUAAAGAGGUUUACUUUUAUACAAUAAUCUAAAUUCAAGGUUUAUUUCUGUGUUUGCCAGAGAAUGUGGUGAAUGCAAAAAAUUUUAAAUGGGCUUUUAAAAACCCCUAGAUAAUUCUUGAAAGAAACAGGGGCAACAGGGUGUCCCAAAAGCCAAAAUACUCUCUCUGGCUCCUGUGCAGCUGAGUGUCUGCAAGGCAGUCUGACUUAGGGCUGCAUCUUUACCUUGUUCUUCUUGAGGCAUCUGCCACCAGUUACUGCCACAGAGUACAAGGCCAGACAGGCCUGUCCUGAUCUGUCUGUCCAGGUGUGAUCAUUCUUGCAUUCACAUAUUAAAAACAACCAUAAAACACUUUCUGAAUAUAUGGCUUGUUCCUGCAUUGAGUCCAUUAUGUAUGGAAAUUCUGGGAGGUGUAUAAAUCUCCUGAAUUGAAAAUAAGAUCUCUCUUAAUGGAGCUUCUACUUCUACUAUUUUUUUUUUUUGCCCUCCCCAGAGUUGUUUUCAAAAUAUUCAGCUCCCAGUGAAACUGUUUAAAGAACUGAAGCCACUUAGAACUCUUAGUUUCGAGUCUCCUUUUAACAACAGUUGUAGAGCUCGGUUGAUACUGGGAGGGAACAUUCAGUUGGCUCGAAAAAAACCCAACAAAACAACAAAAACUGGGUUUUCUGCUUAUGAAUAGGCACAGAAUUCUGCACUGAACACGAGUCCACAUCUCAUAUCCUUGAUAUCCACUGACAGUGUUAGGAAGUACAGAGGGAGCAGAUCCAUGGGUGUCUCUGGGUGUGUGGAUUAUCUGCCUUUCUGCUGGUGCAUUUUGGAGCAGAGUGUGCAGCCUGCAUCCUGUUUAUAGCAGGCAUUGCAGAUCUGGCUGGGUUUGCAAACCAGUUAUUCUAAAACAAACUCCUUGCAUCAGGUGAAAAGUUCUUUCUAUUACCAAAGUGUGCUGAAAAUGUCCUUACUUAACCCACAGAUUGAUCCAAGGUUUGAAAGUUAUUAUUUCACACAUUAGACAGAGCAUUGUUUGUUCCUGUUCCUCUGAUUUUAUUGCUUAAGAGAUGAAGGUGCACACUAGAACCCUGAAAUCAAAUGAUGAAGUUCUGUGUAGGUGAGUAUUGAUGCAAAUCUGUCAGGAAAUGCUCUAGGAUUGUGGAAAAGCUCCCGAGGCAGUUUGUUCCAUACUUGCUUUCUGUGAGUAUUUACCACUAUUGAGCUACUAGAGAGUCUUCAGUAAUUAAAAAAAACCCACAUAAUAAUAUGUUUUACUGGCAAAUAUCAACCACUAGGACAGACAUGAAUAAAAGCAGAAAUAGAAAAGCUGAAGGGAAUCUUAUUGUGAAUUAUGUUAUUUUUCUUUAUUUGGUUUUCAAGGAAAGUAUGCUAAGUGGCCAUCUUUAAAAAAAAGUCCACAUAAAAUAUUUUAGUGUUUAAAGGGACUAGAUGAAGUUGAAUGAGUCAAACAAAUACUAAAUAUACCUGUAUUACCUCUUAUAUGUGGUUUCUUUUUAUUCCUUGUUUGAAACAUGAUUAUUCUUAGCAGAUGCAGUGGAAUAGUAGCAAUAAAGGUGAGCACUGACUCACCUCCAUGAGGGUUUUUUGUAUUUGUGUCUCCUCGUUCCCUCUUUUGUACAGAUCGAGGAAUUUGCUGAACAUUUAGCUUUAUUGAUUUGUUUUUUAUUUAAACCUGUGCACUCAGCCUUUAACCAGUCUGUUAAAAACUGUUUCAAUGUGUCCCUUCCCCUCACAAUAUUUGUGAGGUUCAGCUCUACCAAAAGCAAAUGUUGUUAUGAUAAAAUAGACUGAGGAGGAAACAAAGCAGGGGUUUUUUUAAAGCAAAUGAGCCUCAUGUGCUUAUGCACUUCUACUCCUCCCUUCCUUCCACAACUAAGACAAUCUUCAGUGGUUACUUAAAGCAUGAGAAAUUAUAUAGUAAUAUAGUGUGAUUGUAGCAAGAGAUACAGGCCUGAAGUGUGUGUCAGAAAUGGGAACACUGCUCAGCAAACAAACAACAGGCAAGAAACUUCCGCUGUUUCUUACCUUUCUCAUUGGUCUGUUUAAUUAAAAAAACAAGUAGGUGAUAAAGAUCUUGCUGAAGGGUGAAUAAAUGCUAGUUGUUACCAGACAAACCUGUAAUUUACCUUUCUGUUCCCAGUUUGUGCUCUUUUUAGUAAAACUGUUCUUUCUGUUGGGGGGGAUUUUUGAUAUUGAAAAGCACUUUUGUGGUUUGCCUGCACUGUGGUUGGCAGGUCCAAGGAGCUCUAAUAGAAAGCUUUGCUUGCCCUCAAACCUCUGCAGUCAAGUAGAAAACAUAAAUACUUUUGCAGAGCGUUGAAAACUCUGAUUUCCCAGGUAGUUGUGGUGAUUUCCCAGGUAGUUGUGGAUAGGGGAGACUAACAGGAUCCUCCAGAGAUUGUUCCCAAUACGGUGCUUUUCUGAAUGCAAAGCUUUUGAGGGGUUCUGUGACAUGCAAACGUUGUCUUAUAGUCCAUUGAGGGGUUGCAGGGUGUCCUGGACCAAAGUGUGCCACAGUUUCUGCCUUGCCCAUGGAGCUGUGUUUUGUUCAGAUGAGAGGGAGUUGGGCAUCAGGUCUCGUUCCUUCACAAAAACAAAGACAGAGCAAACCCCUGGAGCUGAACACAGGACCAGGGAAACACUUAGAAUCAUGGAAUGCUGGGAUGGAAGUGACCCACGAGGACUAUCCAACCCAACCCCUGGCCCUGCACAGACACCCCAACAAUCCCACCCUGUCCCUCAGAGCGUUGUCCAAACCCUCCUGGAGCUCUGGCAGCCUUGGGGCCGUGCCCACUGCCCUGGGGAGCCUGGUCAGUGCCCCAGCACCCUGUGGGGGAAGAACCUUUCCCUGAGAUCCAUCCUAAACCUCCCUGACACAGCUCCAGCCCUUCCCUGGGUCCUGUCCCUGGUCACCACAGAGAAGAGAUCGGAGCUGCCCCUCCACCUCCCCUCAUGAGGAACCUGUAGACUGCAACGAGGUCCUAAUUUUCCACUGUGCAGCGCACUUUUCUUCAUUCAAAUGGCCACGUUAAAUAGCUGUGAAGUUCCUAAGUGCCUAUUUUGCCAACAGAUCUUCUCCCCAGCUGGCAGCUUUUUAGAGCAGGAGACACGAGGUUGCUAAACCCAUUCAUUUCUCACACGCACCCACGUUUCUAAUGGCUGUGGAGAUCCAGCUUUAAAGUCCUCUGAGAGCCAUUGGCAUGAAGAGCACUUUGUGAAGACGUAAUUAUUAUGGGAUUUCGGGGUGUGUGGAAAUGAUUCAUGGAGAUGUUUCCCAGCCAGCAGGCUCAUGGAGCCAGGUGAGCUCUUCCCUGGAAUGCGAAGCAUGCGGCACAGCAACUGGGAGGAACAGGUUUGGCAGGACAUUUUAAGUUGUUCGAAGCAGACAGGCUCUUCAGAGCCACAUCCCUGCCUUGCCGACCUCCCAGCUGGAUGCUCCUCUCCGCCACACUGGCCCUGGAGAGCUGGAGAGGAUGGACACGCUGCGCCGGAGCCUUUCCCGCUGGAAGAGGUACCACAUCAAGGUGCACCUGGCUGACGAGGACCUGAUGAUGCCCCUGACGGUCAGGCCCAGGGACACAGUGAUGGACCUGCGGGCUCUCUUAGUGCGGGAGGGCGUCACCUCCUGGAAGAAGACAUUUUAUUACAACUCCAGGCAGCUCGAGGAGCACGAGACUCUCAAAGAGGCCAAUAUCCAGAAUGGCUCUGUCCUCCUCCUUGUCAGCAAUAAAAGAUAAUGCCAAGGAGCAGAGCCAAAGCCAUGAGAGACGGGGAGUGUGACAAGGGCUGAAGGGAAGCAGAUGGAAGAGAGCUUGGCCAUGGAAAGGCAGCCUGGCCACCAGUGUUGGUAAGUCCCUCCCCACACACCAGCUCAAGGACUGUUCAGAAAGCAGCUCCAAGUGUUUUCAGCACAGUGCCCAUGAAUAAUUAACCCAAACAAAACAACAAGUAAGGUUUCCUCAUCAGUGUGCCAUGUGCUCCCAGCUGCCAGCAGAGGAGUGUGGGUAAGGCUGACUCAGCUCCUGAGGGCAGUGAAUCAGUGCAAUGCCCAGGAAAGGGGACUUCUCCCUGGGCAGUGGAGUGAGAAUCAGCUGGGGUGGACUUUGCUUAAGGCCUUGGAUGGGGUCAUGGGACAUCUGGGCCUCCUUCCAACUCGCUCUCAGGAUUCUGCAGGAAGUUGCUGAUCUUGGCCUUUGCUUUCCUACCUGUAAGUGUGAGAUAAUUUAUUCUUCCCUUUCUUCUAUUCUUUGUCCAUCCAGCUGUAAAUGACUCAGGUUUGUGCUCUGGAGCACUUUCUAUGCAGUGAGGCCCCAAUUUUUAGGCUGAAGGCUCUGUACACCCAAUAAGUGAUAAGUGCACUGUAGACAGUCCUGGAGCUUGGCAGCCUGUGUGUAUCCAAAGGCCAGGGACUAGCUGGUCUCUGUUAUGGUGGCCACCUCCCCUGACCUCAGCAACUCAUAGUUACACCAAAACUGCCUCAUUUUUGAGUCAGAGUUUAUAAGACAAUGAGCCUCCUUGUGUUCUCCAUCUGUGCUCCAGCUCCCCCUCCCCACCCUGCUCCAACAACUUCUGAACCAGCUGACCUGAUUCAACCCAAUCUGAUGGAAAGGGAGAGGUCUCACAGACCCAAGAUCUCUGCAAUUUUCAUGAACAAACAGCAGCUGGAUAGAAGAGAGACAUUUAAGUUAAUAUCCUGCUGAAGGAAAGGUAAUUACACCUCUUGCUCCUUAUCUAUUUUGGGAUGCAGCAGCCAGGUGACCAGCUGGCAUUUAGAUCUGGCUGGUCAAUCAGUUCCUGCCCAGCUUCAAACCAGCCCCUGCACUCGCUGCCCCUUCCCUGCAAAGCCAGAAGCUGCUGGAAGAGCUGAGGAUUUUGCUGGGGAGGCCUGGAGGGGAUGAGGUGCCCUGGGGAUAUUGCAGUGAGCUGGGAGCACCAAGAAAGGAAGAAAUAAAAAGCAACUGUAAUACACAAAUCAGAAGGAGAACGGGUUUCACCACUUCCCUGCUCACAGAACAACUUGUUUUUUAGGUUCAAACUUAUUUUCAGGAAAAAAAAUGGAUGUUUCACUAACCACUACAGUACUUUCCCUAGAAAAUUCCAAGGACUGGCAACUGUCUUAACCAAUCCCCCCAAACCUGCCUUUUCUGUUUUGCAACUGAAUUUUUUUGGCCACGAGGAAACAUCUGAUUAUUUUUUUCCCCGACACCAGCAUUUGAAGAAACGCCGUGGAAAACAGAAUUUUUCUCCUUUUCCUUUUUCCAAGGGGCAAAAAAUAUUUCCCCAAGUGCAUCCUUGGACUUUGCACAGAAAGAGAUUCUGAGACAAACACGUGAGCUUUGUCACGGCUGAAGAUCUUUCAGUCCAGGCAACUGGGCUGGACAAAGAGUGGGAUGGGACUUGGAUGGAAAGAAGGAAUAUGACUUUUCCAAGGUCAACCAGCAAUCCAGGAGACCAGGGAAGAGCUGGUGCUGUUGGGUCAGCAGUUCUGCCACUUGGCCAUGCGGCGCCUCUGCACGUCUGUCUGUCCCUGGAAUAAUGAAUUUCUUGGAGCAGAGCCAGUACUUUCCUGAGUGCUUGGAAAGUGCCUUGCACAGCCCUAGGUGCAGUCAUAAAUAAUGAUUAAAAUGAUAAUAAUAACACUAAAGUGGAUGUGUGCCACUGGAGAUGGGACACACUCAGCAACAGAGCCCUAAAUCUAUGCCCCUCUUCUAGUAAAAGGUACAGUUUGCCUCACAAAGCCUGGGAGACCAGGAUUUACUUCCCUGGACUUGAUAAUCACAGUCUUUUGCUCUGCAAAAAGCGAACUGACCUGAGCUGAAUUAGGUUCAGUAUCUACUCUUAACACCUCCUGCCUGUAGCUGGCAGCUCUGGUCAGCUCUGGAAGGCUUUUUGCAGCUCAGGGGGAUAUCUGGAAAGACUAAAUUAACUGUGGUGGUGUGGGGAGCUGCCUGGGUUAAUGUUUUUUUCAGUGAUAGGCUUUGAUUGACAUUUCAAAUCUGCCUGACAAUCUUUUAUUCUAAGUGCAGUUGCUGCCUUUCUUCAGAGCAGGAAGAGCUGGUUUGGUUGCUGUCCUUCAAAUGAUGGAUCUUAUCACAUGGGAAAAAGAAGUUAAGAAAAGGCAAACCACCUGGAAAGAGCCACAGGACCAACAUAAAAUGAGGUGUGGACAGACCAAGGACCAGCACUGGAAGGUGUGGGAGGAGUCUGUGUGACAGCCCUGAGCUUAUUGCAAGAUGGAGAAGUUCACAACUUCACAAUGCUGCUCCACAGGAGGGAUUUCUGCUUGUCAGGAGUGUUUAUCUCUGGGAUCCUGCUGUCGUUGGGGCACGAUGGACAGGAUUACCCAAAGCACUGCUCUUUGCUGCUGUUCACCUCCACCCUGCAGACAGGCCUUCCCAGCCAGCUCCUCUUGAGCUUCAGGAGCAGAAAACAGGCCCAGGCAGGUCAUCUCCACCAGCUGCUGUGCUCCAGCAGGGCAGCUCAGCCUGGGGCUUGUUUCACUGGCUCUUCUGUGCUUCUCCUGUACCCGAGACACGGAUGCAUCAAAUGUUUCAGUUUACCUGGCGUUUUUCCUCAGCACUAAAUUUACUUUUUAAAGUUACAUCAGUGUCGUACCCAGAGGGAAUGGAGGAACAGAUGCAGCCUGUGAAGUUCUGGCUUUAAUUCACCUGCCUCAUUUAAUUUCCUGCCCUGCCUUCUAAUCAAUGAGUCUGCCCUGCUGGCCAUGGGAAUACCGAGGUUUUUCCAUAUCCAGGAGAAUUCCACACAGUGGCUGAGCUCCCAGGGCCUCGAGAAGGCCAUGCCACAUCUCCUUUGAGGCUUCCCUAUGGAUUUCCCUCCCCCAGAAGCACUUGGCCACACUCUCCAGGCCAUGGCAGCUGCACCACAUUUCCUCGCAGGGCCCCUUGGCACAGGGCAGCUGUGCCACAUUAGCCUCUCUUAGCCAGGCUGGCUGUGUGGCAUUCCCUCCUGGAAGUGCUCUCCUGCCAGGAUUUCAGCCACAUGGCACAUUUUUCAGGGCCACAUGCUGCUUUCUGGGGCUCUGUGCCCACGGCAGCUCUGCUGUGCUACCUCAGAUGCUGCUGAGGCCAUUUGGGCCUUGGCACCUCCCAGGGUUCCCAGGAUCAAAGGUGCUUUCCAGGGGCUCUUUUCUCCCUCCCAGGGCCCCCAGGCCAGGUCAUGGUGCUGUGCUGGCCCUGAAUGUGUCACUUCCCAGGUGUUGUCCCAGUGGCACCGUCUCAGUGGGGCUGUCAGGACUUCACUGCCUCAGACACACACGGCUGUCAGGAAACCCUGAUGAAAGGGUUUCCUGCACUUUUGCUUUGAUUAAGCAGCCUCCCACUGUCCUGCUUAUUUUGGGCUCAUGUUAAUUCCAGGCAUGGAAUUAAUUCGUGUUAAAUCCGAGCUGCCCUGGUGUCAGAGCCCUUGGAGACAGGAGCCUGUGCCUGGUAGCACCUAUUUUGUGACGCUGCUGCUUCACCUCAGGCAUUACAAUCUGUAUCAGAUUUUUCUUUGCCUGCUAAAAUGGACAAUUAGGAUCCCGUUGUAAUGCAAAUUGCAUGGUGGAAUAAAAACCGCGGGGAACAAAAUCCCAGAUCGGUAGUUCUGUCAGCCUUUGUUGCUGUGUGAUGGGUCCUGCUCAGCUCCUGCUCGCUGGGAAGGAUCAGGCAGAGGAGAACUCAGUGUGCCUUUGUGUUUUAUAGGGAUGUGAGGCUGCCUUUAGGCACUGACAGCCCCGAUAUUGUGUGUGCAAACCUAACAGACAGAUUUUCCUCCUACACUGGAAAUUUGAUGAUUGUCUUGUUUUUUUUUUUUCAAGGCUCUGUUUUAUAGCACCCAAACCCGUGGGGUAAUUGCCAGUCUCUCUGCACAGGGCUGAGAUGACUUGGUGAGAGAAGCAGAGAGAUGCUGGAAUUUCAAUUUCAGCCACAUAAUGUGCUCCCAGUCCCAGUGGCCUUGUACGUGUGGUGCUGUCAUUGGUGUCGUCGUGAUUGUUCUUGUCACUGUUCUCUUGCCAUGUUUGGUUGUAAAUGUUGUAAAUGAAGAGAAAUAUUUAAAUUUGUGAAGGAAUCUAAAGUUACUGGGGAGUUAAACACACGGGAGCCCUGAAAAAAAUGGAAGAGGUAUUUAUGUCUUCAUUUCAAAUGGCAACACGAAGUGAUAUUUUGUUGAUAGAGCUGCUUUUACUGCAGAUCAGCUUUGCAUUUCCCCGGGCCACGGGUAACAGGGAAUUAAGGCUGCAUGUUUUCACAGCAAAGCUCAUCUUUGAGAACUGAGGUGGAAUAUCUGUGCUCAUAAAGUGCUAUAACUGGCAGUCAGGAGGCCAGUGUUCAGCUGAGCUUGUACAGUACCUGUAAGAUCCAGAUUGAGAGCAAUGCCUGCCCAUAUCCCAUGGACAUGGUGGCUUCCAGAGGACAGCAAGGAACAAGAGUGAGAGGUGGUGAAGCCAGAUGGAUGAGCUGAGUUCAAAGUCCUCCUAGAAGCUACGGCAACAUAGCUUGUAUAUCUACUCAGAAAAGCCUUUGCAAGUACCAUAAAUGACUCUAAAUGGCCUUAUUUUCCUGCUAGCAGUGAAAUAAGCAGCUUCAAUGGGGAGGAGUAAAUCCACUUGAUUGCUCAUGUUGCCUGGAAUAACCCUCUUAUUGGUUAUUACUAAUAACCCAAUCUAUUGCUGCCAGCCUUAUCUGCCAGGGAAUCACUGUAUUGCUCCUAAAUUUCCCAUUACAACAGAACCAGGGGAGUUGGAAGGGCCUCAAGGGAGGAAACUCUGUAGGAAGCAAAGGACAACAUGGAGCACUUGGGUUAUAAACAAUGUGUGUGACAACUGAGAGACAUCAGGGCCAAUCUAUCUUUGGAGGAAGGUUUCUGCCAGGCAAGGCUGAGCUCCUUCUGUCCUGACUCCUUCCUAAGCCCAUCCAUGGUGUUUUUAUGCCUGGCCAUGGGGUGAUGGAGGUGUUGCCUUGUUGGCUCAUAUUCUGAAUGGAGGGGCUUUUAGACCUUGGGUGAACAAAGCAGCUCAAGCUCAGGCCUCCAGUCCAGGAUUCAGAUGAUCAUUCUCCAUUGACAUCCAUGAUCCCCACAGCAGGAGUGUUCUCACACGGCAACGCCCUGGGAAAUUCCUGGAAUAGAGCAGUUUCUGCUCUCAUUUAUGCAAUUAUAAACCCAGUGUAGCUCCAUUUGAAACAACUGUUUUCAUCCAAUGCAAAUAAGAUCAAGAUCUGACCCAGGCUGGUUUUGUACACAGUGGAAACCGACUGAAUUAUGGAAAACAGGAAACAAAUCUAAUGUAAAUCUGAAUGGAAAUAUCAUGCUCUCUGUUACAUCAGAAUAAACUGGAAGCAAGCCUGUUGGUUCUAAUGGAAUUCAUCUGGAUUUACACUCAGCAUUUGUCAGUUGGCUGCACACCGACAUCAAAACUCAAACCAAGCCACCUCAUCUGAAUAGCUUUGAACAAUUUCUCCCUUUUCCUUCACAUUUAAGCAGUUGCCUCUGCAUCCCGAUGGCUGAUUAGCCUUUUCAAACAAAUAAACUCCUGCAUCAACAAAGCAGCCCUGCUCUCACUGGCAUUUGCAGAAUCUAAAUGAUGAAAUGUGAAGAGCUGAGCUUGGCUUUGGAGUCACUUAAACUUGCUCCUGCUCCCCUGUGUUCACACUGGCAGAGCUCGUGGGAGGGCAGACCUUGGCAACAACCAUUCUGAUUUCCCCAAAGAGGGAAAUCCCAAAGGCAAAUUCGUUGCCUUCCCUCCAGCUGGCAGGGCCAGCUGUUUCCUGGGAUGCACAGGAGACCCUUCAGAGGUCAGCAAAAUACUGUUAUACUUCCACCCUUGCUGUCUUCAGUCAGAUGGUCAGGACAAAGCCAAAACCCUCCCUGAUGGAUCUAACAGGGAAUUGUGUCAUCCUCUCUUUCCACAGGCAAGUUGCUGUGCAGGGAAACAUGGGUAUUAUUCAUGGGAAAGUGAGAGGGUUAAUUAAUGCCUGAGCAACAAAUUUGACUCCCUGGGUGAAAGUCACUGGAAAAACACAAUAUCUGAGUAAGAGCACAAGCCAUGGCAGCCCUUCCCUUGAAGCUCAUAUACCCCAGCUUCUUACUUAAUUCAGUUUUUAAUCUGUGCUCAUGUUUCUCUUCAGAUAAUUAGUAAAAUGUAUCUUAAUUAAAACAAGAGGAGGAGAAGAAGACACACAAACAAGGCAAAGCCCUAAGUUGGGAUUUGGGGAGGGGCAAAGCCAUUAUUCAAAUAGAAAUCUCGUGGCAAGCAUGGUAAUAGCAAUUAUGCAGAGUGUAUCAAAGGUAAAAAGUUUUCUGAAAGUUGGAUAACUGUUUGUCUGUACUCCCUUCUGAAAGAAGGGACUGGCUAGAGCCUGAUGUCUGACCUGAAAUCAGUCUCCUGGGGAGAAGAGCUGGGGGAGCUCUGUGGUCAACAACCCUUGUUUUUUUAUUUCUCUGUCACUUUUUAUCUGUGGGAUCCUCAGGAAAUAAACUGGGCAAGAUUUUCACAAGUGGCCCCUGUCUGUGGUUGCUUUAAUGUGUAGAUGUUCAACCUGGACAUGCCUAAUCACCCUUUGCUGCAUCAUUAGCAACAGAGCACCUGUGGGUCUCGACAAGGAUCUGACUGUGCCAGCCACUACCUCUGAUUCCUUAUGUUCCCCUCUGUAAAUUGAUAUAAUAAAUACUUUCCUGAUUUUAUAAAGCUAUUAAAGGCUUUCUAAUGAAACAGAGGCUUUGAAAGACCUGUGAUUAUUAUGGAUUAUUCUUUCUUAGGCUUAUUCCUAAGCCUGUGUUCA